CAGAAAUCAACAAAGUGGCCUCAAAAGACAGAAUCUACAAUUGGAAAAACCAUGUCAGAAGGGAAACAUGCUCUAAUAUUCGGCGCCACCGGCAUCUCUGGCUGGUCGCUCAUGAAGCAAUGCCUCUCUUACCCCUCCUCAACAUCCUUUAGCCGUAUUACGGGACUGUGUAAUCGGCCCGCCAACAAGGAAGACCUCUUCUUGCCGGAUGAUGCGCGGCUGAACAUUGUUUCGGGCAUUGAUCUUACCGCGCCACUCGAGACUGUCAUACGCGAGCUGGGAAGGGUUGACGCGAUCCGGACGGUGGAUAUUGUGUUCUUCUGCGCCUACAUCCAAACCCCCGACCACGCCUCCCUGCGCACCGUCAACACCGCCCUCCUACACACCGCCGUGUCCGCAAUAACAUCCCUCUCCCCAGAGCUGCAAACCAUCAUCCUCCAAACAGGCGGCAAGGGCUACGGCCUCGAGUUCCCCGACUCCGUCGCGAUAACCCCACCACUGCACGAAGGCCUCCCACGCAUCCCAGAGCCCUACGCGAGCAAGAUCUUCUACUACACGCAGUACGACCUGCUUGCGGAGCUCGGCAAAGACGCAAAGUGGACGUUUUCGGAGAUCCGGCCGGAUGGAAUCGUGGGCUUUGCGCCGGGGAGUAAUGCGAUGAAUAUGGCGCAGGGGAUUGCGUUUUAUCUAUCGCUGUGGCGUGAGGUGUAUGGGGCUGGUGCGGCGUGUCCGUUUCCUGGUCGGAGUAGGGGGUGGACUUCGACGCAUUCCGAUACGUUUCAGGAUGUGCUCUCCAAGGCUGAGAUUUAUGUUGCGUUGAAUCGGGACAAGUGUGGCGAUGGGAGUGUGUUUAAUGCCGCGGAUGGGGAGACGGUUACUUGGGAGGGUGUCUGGCCACGGAUCUGUGAGUGGUUUGGGCUUGAGGGCGUUGCGCCGCUGGAAGAGGGAGAUAGUCAAAAGGAGACUAUGGAGGCGUUUAUCAGGAGACAUGUGAAGGAGUGGCGUGCGCUUGUUGGCCGGUUCGGUUUGAGGGAGGGGAUGCUGGAGAAGCAGAAUUGGGGCCAUACGCAUUUUAUGCUAGUUGACUUUGAUUUUGAUCGCGAGUACUCGCUUGAGAGGCUCAAGGGGGUUGGGUUUGAUGGGUGGAUUGAUACAGUGAAGGGGUACAAGUUCGCCUUUGAGCGUAUGGUUCAGGCACGGUUGAUUCCAGGUCCUGCUUCAUCUGCGUAG